AUGAGGGCCUUGGCCGGGGCCCUGCCCUCUCUACUGCUGAGGUUGCUGCUUACAUCCUCCCCUGAGGCCCUGGGUGCCAACCCCGGCCUGGUCACCAGGAUCACUGACAAGGGACUAGAGUACGUGGCCCACGAGGGAUUGGUGACCCUGCGGGAGGAACUGCUCGGAAUCACGCUGCCUGACUUCACCGGGGACUUCAAGAUCAAGCCCUUCGGCCGUGGGCGCUACGAGUUCCAUAGCCUGCAGAUUCACAGCUGUGAGCUGCCUGGCUCCACUCUGACACCCCUUCCCGGCCAGGGCCUGAGUUUCACCAUCUCUGACUCCUUCAUCAGAGUCCAGAGCGAAUGGAAGUUGCGCAAAUCUUUCGUGUGGCUGUUGAAUCUCUUCGACAACCAGAUUGAGUCCAAGUUACGCAAAGCGUUGGAAAACAAGAUUUGCGAAAGGAUCCAGAAAUCGGUGGCCUCUGACCUACAGCCGUAUCUCCAAACUCUGCCAGUCACAACAGAGAUCGACAGUUUCGCUGGCAUCGAUUACAGUUUAACGGAAGCCCCUCGGGCGACAGCCCAAAUGCUGGACGUGAUGUUUAAGGGUGAAAUUUUUAACCGCGAUCGCUAUUCCCCAGUCACCUUCCUUGCUCCUGUCAUGAGUCUUCCUGAGGACCACAACCGAAUGGUCUACUUUGCCAUCUCUGAUUAUGUCUUCAACACAGCCAGUCGGGUUUAUCACGAGGCAGGGCACCUGAACUUCUCCAUCACAGAUGACAUGGUUCCUUCUGGCUCUACUAUCCGGCUGACCACCAAGUCCUUCCGCCCCUUCGCGCCCCGGUUAGCCAGAAUGUACCCCAACAUGAACUUGGAGCUCCAGGGAACAAUGGCCUCAGCCCCAUUCCUGAACCUCAGCCCUGGGAAUCUGUCCUUGACCCCCCAGAUGGAGAUUGAAGGCUUUGUGCUCCUGCCCAGCUCCGUCAGGGAGCCUGUGUUCAGGCUUGGUGUGACUACCAAUGUGUCUGCCAUGUUGACCUUCAACACCAGCAAGAUCACUGGGGCCCUGAAGCCAGGAAAGAAGGACAGUUGGGUGGAGCUGUUGGAGGCGCUGCUCAACUACCACAUUCUCAACACCCUCUACCCUCGGGUCAACGAGAAGUUGGCAGAAGGCUUCCCCCUCCCUCUGCUGAAGCGCAUUCAGCUCUAUGACCCUGUUCUCGAGAUCCACAAGGACUUCCUGUUCCUAGGUGCCAAUGUCCAGUACAUGAGAGUUUGA